UUUGUUUGCUGCAGAGAAGAUUUUGUUAGUUAAUUACUAAUUAGUAUGAGUCAUCGUGCUCAUAAUAAUAAUAUGAGUAGGUCAACAAAAAGGAGACGUGUUCUUCAAGAGAUUGAGAGCUUAAUACAUUUUGACACUGAUUAUGAAUCAGAUCCCGAUAAUACACAUUUUGUAGACCCAUUACUACAAGAAGAAACUAGAGAUGUUUCACAGUGCUUUGAUACAACGAUUUUUGAACAAAAUCAGUUAUUGGAAGGUUCUGAUAUUCCCGAAACUGAAAGUAUUCUAUCCUAUUCAAAUUCUGCUGGAGAUUUUUCUAAUUUAUUCGACGACAGUGAUAAUAAUACAGUUGAAAGUUCAAGUGAAGAAGAUAACACAGAAUUUUCUGAUAACUCACCCCGUACUCAACUCGCACAAUGGGCUAUAAAACAUAAUAUCACCAAUAUAGCAAUGUCUGAUUUACUUAAAGUGUUAAAUGCAUCUUACGAUCAAUCAUUACCUUUAGACGCAAGGACUCUAUUAAAAACUGAUAUUUCUAGUAAUACUUCUGUUAAUUUAAAAAACAUGUCACCAGGAUUUUACUAUCAUUUUGGAGUUUCGAAUGGAAUAAAAAAUCAUUAUAUUAUUGAAAAUAGUCAUAUUAAUGAACCAAUAAAACUAGUUGUAGGAAUAGACGGACUACCGUUAACUAAAAGUUCCAAAAGCACGUUUUGGCCGAUUUUAUGCUAUAUUCGUCCGUAUUCACACAUUGUGUUUCCAAUUGGACUAUAUUGGGGCAAUGAGAAACCACAAGAAAGUAAUGAUUAUUUAUUUGAUUUUGUUAACGAGAUAAAAGAUCUUAUUAAUAAUGGAAUUGAAAUUAAAGUCAGUUCAGGAGAGUUUAUUAAAAAACAAGUUAUUUUAGACGUAUUUUGUUGUGAUUUACCUGCUAAAAACUACAUUUUGAAAACCAAAGGGCACAACGCAUAUUUUUCAUGUUCUAGGUGUUGCAUAGAAGGGGAAUAUGUAUGUAGAAGGGUGUGUUAUCCUGACAUAGACUGUCCUAAAAGAACUCACGAAAGUUUUAUAAAUAAACAUCAAGAAGAAUAUCAUGUUGGUGAGGUAAUGUCAAUCCUUAUUGAUAUCCCUGGAAUUAAUAUUAUUAAUUCAUUUUCACUCGAUUACUUACAUAUGGUAUGCAUAGGUGUUACUAAAAAAAUAAUUACUUUGUGGCUUAAAGGCCCCUUACAUUGUCGUUUAAAUAGUACCAAAUGUAAAUUUUUGAAUGUUAAUUUAUUAGCACAAAAAUUGUUUAUUACAUGUGACUUCCAACGUAAACCUCGUGGUGUCGAUGAAGUUUUUCGUUGGAAAGCUACAGAAUUUCGGACUUUUUUACUUUAUUUAGGCCCUGUUCAAUUUGCCUCAAUUUAUGGUAUUGAAUGGAUUUCUCAAAAUAUACAUGGCUUACAACACAUCACUGAUGAUUAUUUAUUAUUUGGGUCUUUAGAUAACUGUAGUACUUUCCCAUUUGAGAAUCACAUGAAAGUUCUUAAAAAAUAUAUAAGGAAGUCUAACCAACCAUUACAACAGGCCAUUAAACGUUAUAGUGAAGAAACAAAAUACGGACAAAAACCUCAUCUAAUUAACUAUGAUUCUAAUUGUUUUACAUUUGAAAAAGAGCAUAAUAAUGGACCUUUAAUGAAGCUAACUGUUAUAUACUAA